AUGAUCAUCUCCAAAGACGCGGUCGCGACCACGGUCGUCGCCGUCGCUGUCGGCCUCGCAAUUGCCCAAGGCGUCGUCGCUUACCAAGUCUCCAACGCAUGGCUCGUCUCGCUAUUUGAGGUCGCGCACGCGCAGGCCGCCCGAGCCGCCGCCAUCGUCCUCUUCUUGUUUGCUGCGGUCGGGCUCUGCUCGCUCGUCCAGCCGCGCGUGCGCCGCAAGGUGCAGCUCGUCGUCAUUUUCAUGUUUGUGGCCGCGUACGCCAGUCUCUUUGCCCUCGUCCUGGAUGGAAUUGCGCUCGUCCAGACCAACAUUGAAGUGACGGUGCUCUUCACGUCGUACCAACAUCAAGUCGACACGCUACUCAACCUGGAGCCGGGGACUGUCUUUUAUUGGGCAGAAGACGCGGGGUACCUCGAGUGGCUCCCCGGCGGCCUUUUCGCGACAAGCCCCCGCACUGCCUACGCGAUUGUCCCCAACUGGGAGCUCAUGGAGGCGAACUACUCCAAGGCGGCGGCAAGGACGUUUGAUGCUGCGUACUGCCUCGGCCAAGGCAAGACCUUUUGCGACAAGCUCCCGUUCACGUCAUCGAUCGCGCUGCCGGGCAUUUGGCGCAACAAGAACGCCACGCGCGCCGUGACCGCAGCGCUGGCGACCUUGCCGACGACCUUUGCCAACGUCCCAAUCACGCACUCGACGACCAUCAACAGCUUCUGCGCCCAAGCCGACGCGACGGCGCUGGCGCUGUCCCGCAGCGACAACAUGACGCUCCGAGACGUCUGCGUCAGCUGCGCCGAGCUCAUGAAGCCGAUGCCGACGCAGUACGCCGACGUCGCCUCGUACAUUCAGACGACGUGCCCGCUCACGGUCGCGCGCAGCGAGGGCCUCUUUUGCAUGGCGAGAGCGCACCCUUCCGACGCCUGGACCCCGAUCGACGCGGAGACCAACCAACGUCGCAAAAUGUGGGACGACGACACGCUGCCGUACGGGAAGCCGUCGAUGAGCGAGUGCUUUGGCCAUACGCUCCAGGCCCCCGCCCGACGUGACGCGCGAACACUGGCAGUUGUUCUUGGCGUGCUCCUUCUUCUCAACGCCGUUGUUUUUGUCUUCCUCUGGCCACUGCGCCAAGCCGACACGACGUGGGCGUCGCUCAAGCGCGGGGUGAAGCAGCUGCGGGAGCGCUUGCGUCGCGACGAGGUGUCCAUUGAAGCCAUCACCAACGACGUCCAACUCGUCGAGUCGGGCCCCCUUGCUACCGACAACGUUGUGGGUUGCCGCACGGCUUCGUAG